ACAAAAUGAAGGAAAUAUGCCCCAAUUAUCGACAAAAAAUCCAACUGGUUCAAGGUGAUUGCUCCGUGAGUGGACUCGGGCUGGGAACGUCCGACAGACAAAUGCUCAUAUCAAACACAGAUAUAAUUUUCCAUUUGGCGGCUACAGUUAGAUUCAACGCUGAUUUGAAAACUGCCUAUCGCAUAAAUGUAUGCGGGACGAAAGGUCUGAUUCUUUUGGCGAAACAGAUGGGAAACCUGAAGAGCUUCGUACACGUGUCUACUGCAUAUUCAAAUUUCCCUGUGAAUUAUAUCCAAGAAAAACUCUACGAUAUGCCAGAAUCUUUGGAAGAGAUGUGUCAAACAAUUGAAAAACUUGAUGAAGAUUAUAUAAACAAAUAUACGGAAAGAAUAAUCGAACCAUGGCCCAACACUUACACAUUUACAAAAGCCAUAGCAGAAAUGGUUAUCAAAAAUGGAGCAGAUCAACUACCAAUAGGGGUGUUCAGGCCAUCUGUGGUUAUGCCUACGUACCGAGAACCCAUAGCUUCUUGGACCGACAAUCUGAACGGACCUUCUGGAAUAUGUCUGGGAAUCAUCAAGGGGAUAUUGAAACUAGGGCCCUGUGAUCACAAUGAAAGUUUGGCAGAUCUAGUCCCAGUCGACAUGUGCGUCAACGGUUUGUUAGCAUCUGCCUGGGAUAUAUCAGCGAAAAGAAACUCUAGUAUUCCAGAAACUACGCCCGUGUACAACUAUGUCUGCGGCGCCGAUAAGAGCCCCAUAAGAUGGCGCGAAUUACUGAAGAUAUCGGCAGUCUAUGGAAGAAAAUACGUGGACAAUUCUGCAAAUAUAUUUGUCAUAUUCACAAAUUUUGCCAUCUGUCACUGGGUUCUGGACAUGGUCUACCACAUUAUCCCCGCAUUUUUCAUGGACAUGUUUCUGUUUCUAAGAGGAAAACGUAUGAGGCUUCUGACAACACACAGAAAAAUUCGAAAAAUGUUUAUCCUGCUAUCGCCCGUCUACACGAAUACAUGGAACUUUGAUAACGACAACAUUACUCGGCUGUGGAAUAGAACAAAUGAAAGAGACAGAGAAGACUUUCCUUUUUCAUUACAAGAUGUAAACUGGAAUAAUUAUUUCGCAAGUUACAUAAGAGGACUUAAGGAACAAUUUCACGUAAAACCAAUCAAUUUGUCACACUGGUUUGCUAUAUUUUGGCAACUUCUCAAAAUAUUGCUGGUCUUCUUCACUUGCAACACUGUGAUUUCCAAAUACCAAAGUGUCGCCGAGAUAAAUUACUAGUCUCAAGGUUACCUAUUUUUUAAAUAUUAACUUAUUUAUUUUUUGAUUGUGAUAAUGAAAAUGUAUCAUGACACAAGGAUUCAUCAGGAGUGAUGUUUCAAAAUGAAAAAAUAUACAGUAGGUAUAAGUUU